GUGUGUAUGCGCGCGUGUGCGUGCGUGCAGGCGGGCUGAUGGAGCGAGCAGUUGGAUGCGAUAAAAACAUGUGAUCUGGUUGAUUGUUGAUUUCUCAGAUAGUGUAAAGUGAGCGGGAGAAACCGGAGGACAAAGAGCCUGCAGGCAAAGUGCUGCAUCAGCACGUCGGACAGCUCCGCUCCGCUUCUCUCUCCAUCUGACCACCAGGAGACUGACAGCAUCACUCUCCAGGAUGACAGGCAACUUGUCUGUGUGGGUUUCCACACCUGCCUUCUCCCUACUGAACUCGUCUGCUCCACCCUCCCUUGGACCCUGGAAGGCUCCAUCCUUUACAGUGGCUGCCCGCUGCCGCGUAGCAGCCACCCUGGUUCUGUUUGUCUUUGCCGCUGGCAGUAACCUGUCGGUCCUGAUCAGUGUGUGUUGGGGGCGGGGUUACCGCCUGGCAGCACACCUCCGUCCGCUCAUUGCCAGUUUGGCAUCAGCUGAUCUGGUGAUGACCUUUGUGGUGAUGCCACUGGAUGCCAUUUGGAAUAUUACAGUGCAGUGGUAUGCAGGGGAUUUCAUGUGUAAGCUACUGUGUUUCCUCAAGCUCUUUGCCAUGCACUCAGCAGCAUUCAUACUAGUGGUAGUAAGCCUGGACCGCUAUCGGGCCAUCCUUUAUCCUCUGGAUUCUCUCGAUGCUGGGCUCAGGAACAGACGCAUGCUGCUGGUGGCCUGGACUCUGAGCCUGCUGCUGGCCUCUCCACAGCUGUUCAUCUUUCGGGCCAUUAAAGCUGAUGGAGUGGACUUCACUCAGUGUGUCACCCAUGGAAGUUUCCGGUAUCUCUGGCAGAAGACGGCAUACAACAUGUUUCACUUUGUGACACUGUAUGUCUUCCCCCUACUUGUGAUGACUUUCUGCUACACCCGCAUCCUUAUCAAGAUCAACGGCCAGAUGCACAAAGGAAAAGAUGGUGAGCACUGCCUGAGACGCAGUGGAACAGACAGUAUACCCAAAGCCCGGAUUAAGACCCUCAAGAUGACCAUUGUGAUUGUUAGCUCCUUUGUCAUCUGUUGGACUCCCUACUACCUCUUGGGAAUCUGGUACUGGUUCCAACCAGCCAUUAUCCAGCACACACCUGAGUAUGUGCACCACAUACUGUUUGUAUUUGGCAACCUGAACACAUGCUGUGACCCGGUCAUCUACAGUUUCUACACGGCAUCUUUCCGGGCCGACAUCGCUGAUGUGGUGGCGUGCUGCUGUGGUCGCCAAAUCAACAAUGCCUCACCUAGCUCUGUGGAUCGCCUGUCUGGACAAAGACCUGGAGCUGCUGUGGAGAUGGAGUCUGAUCUGAGCUCAAACCAGCACAGUGGGAACCCGAGUUAAACAGUGGUGAAUGCUAAUCCAUGAUGGAAGUUGGACAACUUUGGCUUUUGUUGCCCUCUACAGCAACUGUUUUGAGCUGUGGAACCCUGCAGACCUGCUGUCUGUCAGCAAGCUGUAUGCAUAUCAACAUAUGUGCUAUUUGUAUGCAACAAUGUCCUGGAUGUGACUUUAGCAACAUUUUUAUUUGUGCAAAAAUGUGUAAUGUAAAAUAUUAAUCUAAUAUAUACUCCAAAAAGUCUUCUGGACAGCUGUGACGUGUUUCAGUCAUGCCUGUUACGUCAGGGUUCUGAAUAUUUUGCAACAUUUAUAAAUGUUGAUACAUGGUUGUGUGUAUAGAAUUGUAUCAGUCUAUUUAUGUUCACCACUCUAUAUGGUGACAGAUGCGGUGAACAAUUCUUCCAGAAUAGUUGUGUUGUAUGAAUGAUGAUGUGUGAGGGUGGUUGCAGUUUGGUUAGCUUCCAAAAUCAGUCACAGAAUUGGUGAGCAGCCUGAAUGAAUCAGUCAUGAUAUUUGGUUUUAUGGACUAUAUUUAACUUGCAUGAAAUCGUCAUGUUUGGACCAGGAAUUAGUACAGCAUGAGUCCUUACACUAUAUCACUUAAUGUGUGACUAAACAAUCUAUACUCAAAGGUCCACUUACUCAGAGCUUUUAACUGCAUCUCAGGAGCUUCAUCAGUAGAGAGAUGUGAUAGAUCAGCCCUGGGGAUGAAUCGGUCAAACAAACACAGCUUCCACCCAGCAGACUGUUGUUGGUGUGCCGUGUGAGACCUAAAGUUGACAUCUACUUAUUUUACUGUACUUCUGUUACUUAAAGUUACUACAAGGAACUUUCAAUGUGUUUCGAUUUUUGCCGUCCAUGUGGCCGAAACUGGUAGUGUUUACGUGCACCAGAUUCCCGACAAUAUGCUAAUUUCCAUUCCAUUGUUGACUGGUAUUCAAUACAUUCAUCACCUCUUUUUUAUAUUUACAUAAUGAUUGUACCUUUGUUUAGUUUCACACUUUAAUUCAGUAAACCUUCAAAAACA